GCAGGGCCUGGUUACCAUGGUUAAGAAACUACAGGAGAAAAGUCCCUUAAAGUUUCCAGUGGUCAGGGCCAUAGCAUGUUUGGACCCCACAAACAUGCACAGGGAUCCAGAGUGGUGCCUCACAAAGAUGAAGACUAUAGUGCAGAAAUUCCUGCAGGAUAGUCAGUUAGCAGGAGGCAUCUCAGCUGGUGAUGUGAUUGUCCAACAAUUUGAGAGCUUUCUCACUGUUGAGGCUAGAGAUGAGCGUUUCCUCUCCUUUCAGCCACUGCAGCAGCGGAUUGACGUGUUCUUGCACUCAGCACUCAGCAAGUCUUACCCUGAGUUGUCAAAGUUCUGUCAGAGUCUUCUAAUUCUCUCCCAUGGACAAGCCACAGUAGAGAGAGGAUUCUCAGUCAACAAGCAGGUCGAAACCUGCAACAUCCUUGAAGAGUCGAUGGAGGCUCUGAGGUUGAUUUGCGACAAGAUCAGUGCCUGUGGGGGUGCUCUAAAGGUACCUCUGACCAAAGAGCUCCUGGCUUCUGUAGCCUCUGCGAGGUCAAAGUACAGGAUUCACUUGGAACAAGAAAGGAAGAAGAACGAGACGAGGAAAGAAGCUGAAGACGAGUUAGAAUUUCUGAAAAAGAAGAGAAAAGUCUUAAGAGAGGUGUGCGACACACUGCAAAAAGAUGCAGAUCAGCUAGCAGAGCAGGCAGAGGGUAAAUCUGGGUCAUUAAUGGCCCAACUGAUCACCAAAUCCAACACUUUGAGGAGAAGACACAAAGAAAAACUCAUUGAUCUGGAGCAAACUCAAAAGUUUAUUGAAAGCAAGUCAGAUGAAUUGAGGCACAUGUCAGGAGUUUGA